AUGGCUCGCCGCAAGAAGUCUGUCAAAGCUAAGGCCAAGGCUUCAGAGAAGCUUCUGAUUAGUGCUGGAGAUGCAAACCCUGAUGUGGCUCCUCCGGUUAAGAAGAUUGUGAUUGAGAAGAAAAAGAAGAAAACCAAGCGCAAGGAAUCGUUUGCUAUUUACAUUCACAAGGUCCUCCAGCAAGUGCAUCCCGAUACGACCAUAACCCAGAAAGCCAUGUCCAUUAUGAAUUCCUUUGUCAACGAUGUCUUUGAACGUUUCGUCACAGAGGCCAUUGGACUUCAGCAACGAUGCAAGGGAAAUACUCUUACCAGCCGCGAAAUACAGACUUCGGUCCGUCUUAUUUUGCCUGGUGAACUUGCCAAGCACGCCGUUUCGGAGGGCACUAAAGCAGUGGCUAAAUUCAUUAGUACUACCCCGAAGUAA